UUAUCGGAAAGAGCAGCAUUCAAGAGAGGAGCCGGGCUGUGGUAGCAGGUUUAAGUUACUCUCUGUCAGCGAGAUGCUUUCAGAGCAUAUACCAUUGCCUCGUGGAAAUGCAGAGUAUUGGUCCUCUGUAAUUGUUAUGUUUGCCUCUUUCGUCUACAUGCACUAUACUGAUAAAGCAAAUGUGGUGCAGCAGACCUUGCUUCAUCUGUUGAUACUGCUUCUUUCAAGGUUCUUCAAAAAUCUCUGCCGGUGUGUGGAAGAGGUCAGACACAUCCCUUCUAGGUACAAAAACUGCUGGGAGGCUUUCAGAGCAUCAGUUAACUUAAUGGAAUGUGCUUUUGGAAUAAUCCUUUACUUAGUGAUAUACUACCAACCUAACGGGAGUAAUCAUGAUGAUGUAGAUAUCUGGAGUUCUUUUGGAAUGCAGAUAAGCGCUACCUGUCUCUGCUACUCGUUGCUGAAAGCUUUCAAAUGUGAAUACACAGCAGCUGAAAUUUCAACCAUAUCUGAGAAGAAUAAGCUUAAUGUCGCUCAUGGAUUAGCUUGGUCUUAUUACAUUGGUUACUUGAAGUUAAUUUUACCUUCCCUGGAAAAUAGAUUAAACAGUAUCAUUAAAAAAGUACCAGAGUUAAAAGGAACCAAGAAGUUGUACAUCCUAAUUCCAUUCAGCUGUAAGGUUUAUGAUGAAUUGGAAAAGAAGGACAAUAGGAUCAAGUUCCAUCACAAUCUACCAGAGGUCCGCCUUGAUAGAGCAGGGAUAAAAGAAAGAAGUUACACGAACAGCAUUUAUUCAGUUAAUGAUGAAAAGGGGAAGUCUUAUCACUGUAUCCUUGAAUAUGCCACACCACUGCGAUCCCUGUUUGAGAUGUCCAAUGAUGCCACAGCAGCAGUAAGCAAGGAGCAACGUUUGGAGCAGGCCAAGCUGUUCUACGUCAUCCUGAAUGACAUACUGAACAACUCUCUAGAAUGUGCUGGACUCUUCAAACUAAUUCCGUACGAUGAUGAUUUGGAGGAUGGUAAAGAGAAUGCUCAUUUGUUAUCUACAAUGAUUCUAAAUGGUAUGAAGCAGGAGAGAACAGAAUACCCAAUACCAGAGGAAAACACUUGGGAUGAAACAUCAAAUGCUGGUUUUCAAAAUGCUCAAGGUAUACAGUCAUUAAUGAUUAGUGAACAAACAUUAAUGAUCAGUGAGACCAGUGAUCCACAACCUUUACGAAGCCAAUGUUAAUAAAUGUUGUACAUUUUCUCUUUGCAUGUUUUGUCAUCAUCAUUGGUAUUUCAGUUUAACAGGUGAUCAAAAAGCAGUGGAAAAAACCUCAUAGACUUCCAUUCAAAUCUUAAAGAAUUGUGUAUCUUCUUGUUAACCAAACGCAAAUUAAAGAGUUCCAACCAUGCUUCUUCAUAACUUCCAGAAGCCUUAUCUUAUUGUUUAUUUUAUGAAUAAAGUAUGCUGUGGAUGGUCAACUUAUUGUGGCAAAGGUAGACGUUACAUGAUGUCAUGAACUAUAAUAAUAAAACUUUUCUGAAAUUGUACAAGUCAGUGAAAUUUCAUGUUUAACCACUAUCUUUAAAUCAUUGCUGUCUAAUUAUUUACUGGAUUUUUUUUAUUAUCAACUUUAUUAUGUUCCAAAACUAAGGGUUGUAAAUACAAUGUAA